AUGGCCGAUCUCGUCGAGAAACCGUCCUCGCCGCUCGAUGCGCCGCCCGCCUCGCCUGGCCGCCCUGCGCCCGCCGCUCAGAUCUGCCUCCCCUCCUCCCUCACUCUCAUCUCCUCCGACGGACACGCCCUCUCCGUCGAUCCGCUGCUACUUGCGGGAAGCUCGAAGGUCUUCGCGGACAUGCUGACGGGAUCCAAGCUGUCUGGCGGGUCCUGCGACGUGACCGAGACCAAAGUCCGCCUCGAACACUUCCUCAGCGUCCUUCAAGGCGGCAGGCUUCCGUUGGACUUCCAAGGCGGUCUUGACGAAGGGGUGUGGCUGGAUUUGUACCGCAUGGGCGACAAGUACGACUGCGCCGUCCUGCAGACACUGCUGCUGCUGGAGGCCAAGCAGGUCGUCGAGACUUCGCCUAUCUUUGCAUACGCAGCCGGCAAGCUGCUCGGCGACCCAGCACUGGCAUAUGCUGCCGCCCAACGGACCGUAACGCUCGGCAACUCCGUUCUCGAUCCUGGCCAAGCCGGGUGCACCUUCAAGGCUCUGCCUCGCAUCGACCGGCUCCUACUGGAACGCUUUCAAGCUGCCGUUCCCGAACUCAUGCGGAUCAGCUUGGACCGAGCCAGGCCGCGCUUCUGCACCGGCUGUGGGCGCGGAAGGGACCAGCCUGACAACCCGGGCUACCAGGUGCAGCGCAUUUGGGACGCCGCGGCGAAAUCAACGCUUUGCGAUUCCAAAGGUCAACAUCCCUGGACGUCUCCGCUUACCCGGAUGUGGUCGUACGAGAACGACAUCGAGGACGACGUUCGCUUCUGCUGCAAGACCUUCAUUGACCAACGGAUAGACCGAGCAGAAAAGGACUACGAAGCGUUCCAGACGACACGCCUCGGAGUCGAUGCGUUGAUCCUGUGA